GAAACAAAAUCAAAAGCAAAAUGUAUUACAUAUUUAAUAAGAUAAUAAUUUUAAUUGGAUUUAUCGCAUUAAAUAAAGUACGGCUCACUGUAAGCCGAUAUAUAGCGCAACCGAUGUAUUACCCUGGUCCAUCUUAUCAUGGUCCGUCUUAUCCGGGUCCAUCUUAUCCUGGACCAUCUUAUCAAGAUACCUUAUCACACCAUACUGGUUAUUAUGGACCACAAUAUCGGCCAGCAAUACCAUAUGAACCCUAUCAGCCCACGUUAUUCUCACCGCCUGGUACAAUUUACGAUAGUAGGCGUGGUGUUGUGACAACAUUUCCUGGCGGAGGAAUACCACUUUUAGUUGACUAUAAUAAACGUUGUCCAGGUAAUUAUCGUGGUACUCAAUAUCAUCCUAACCGCCAUCAUUAUUACUUCGUUUGUACAGACUACUGUGUUAUAUUUGGCAAAUGUAAUGGUAUGGAGGUUUUUAAUAACUCGACUGGUCAUUGUGGUAAUCAUCCAAUGCAACACUAUAAACCAAAUUGCGUUACAGAAGGUCGUUUCCCUAUUACCACAGAUAAAUCAAUAUAUUACAGAUGUAGUUAUGAUUUAACAGCGCGUGUAUAUUCCUGCCCACAUGGUAUGGUCUUCUCCAAUAGUAGAAAAAAAUGUGUACAUAAAACUCAGACACCCAUCGAAAAUUAUCCAAAACAUGAACCGUCAUUUUAUUCACAAUAUCCACCAAGUUAUUCAGACGAUUCUACGGAAGAUAGUGAAUAUCCAAUUGAAAAUUCUAAUCCUUGCGACAAUUCUAAUGAAAAAGAGAAACCAUAUAACUUACCUAGGACAAGCACAGAAAAACCAGCAGGGAAAGAAGCAAUGUUUGUAAAUAAAGCACAAACUGAAUCAACUGCAACAACUAUUAAGCCAAGUGAAACCACAAAAACGGCGAACAGCCCAAGCAUUUUAAGUAAAGCCAGUAUAGAAGAAUUGACUACUGCUAAACCAAGUGAAAAUAUGACAACAACGGAUAAACCGAGUGCUUUAAGUGAAGACGACGAAAAAGCAACUACCACUGGUACAUCAAGUGAAAGAAUAACAACAACGAAUAAACCGAAUAAUUUAAGUGAAGACGACGAAGAAGCAACUACCACUGGUACAUCAAGUGAAAGAAUAACAACAACGGAUAAACCGAGUGCUUUAAGUGAAGACGACGAAGAAGCAACUACCACUGGUACAUCAAGUGAAAGAAUAACAACAACGAAUAAACCGAAUAUUUUAAGUGAAGACGUCGAAGAAGCAACUACCACUGGUACAUCAAGUGAAAGAACAACAACAACGAGUAAAACAAAUAAAAAUGUAAAAGCAACAGACAAACCAACAACACCAGCAACACUAGCAACAACAGCAACACCAGCAAGUGCAUCAAUGGACACAUCACCCAUAGAUGAUACUGAAAUGGGUAUAAAACCUGAAGAAAUUAAUAUAGCAACACCUGCAUCUCUGACUUCAACAAGACGAACACCGUCUGAUGUAACCUCGUCCAAUAUCUCCUCUGAAUCGAGUACUAAACUCACCACAAUUUCAAAUAAACCACCCAGCACUACAGAAAGUGAAAGAAUAACAACAACAAAUAAUUCAAAUAAAAAUGUAAAAGGAACAGACAAACCAACAACACCAGCAACACUAGCAACAACAGCAACACCAGCAAGUGCAUCAAUGGACACAUCACCCAUAGAUGAUACUGAAAUGGGUAUAAAAUCUGAAGAAGUUGAUAUAGCAACAUCUGCAUCUCUAACUUCAACAAGACGAACACCGUCUGAUGUAACCACGUCCAGCGUCUCCUCUGAAUCGAGUACUAAAGCCACCACAAUUCCAAAUAAACAACACAGCACUACUGAAAGCUCUUCAUCAAAAACAACUGUAGGCAACAUUACUAGUUUAUCACCGCCAUUAUCACCACCCCAACCAAGCAUUCAAAGUUUGUCUGCAUUAGAUUCUGCUCCACAACUGACAUCUUCUACAAUUUCUAAUUCUGAGACGACUGCUAAACCCACCACAACACCAAGCACACCAUCCAGCACGACAGAAGACCUUUUAGCUCCAUUACCACAAGACGUAAUUAAACGUUUAACUGCAGGUACCCCUGCACCAGAACCCGAAUCUUCAACUCCUUCAUCUACCUCCGGCAAUACUGAAAAUCCUUCAACAGCAGCUGCCAAAAGUCUCCAUACCGAGUCCACCCAAAACUCAGCAACAGAAUCUAAAACGACUUCUAAACCCACUACAGUACCAAACGCAACUGAUACAGUUACUAGCACCGGUACCACGCAGCUUCCUUUACUAAAUUUUGAAGCAACUAUUAAAACUACAAUUGCACCACCCGCAUCAUCCAGCACGACAGAAAGCGAUUCAUCUGCAUUACCACAAAAGGUAAUUCAACGUUUGACUGCGGGUACCUCUGCACCGCAAUCAGAAACUCCCACCACUUCAUUUACUUCCGGUAGUAUCGAAAAUUCUUCAAUAUCAGUUAUACCAACUGCAAGACCAGCUACAACAACUACUAGUGCAGGCUCUAAACAAAGUUCUUCACCAAUAUCUGAUGCAAGUAUUAAAACCACCAUAGCACCAAACGCAUCACCCAACAGUAACCCAAGCACUCCAUCCGCAACUACCGAAGGAAGCGUUUCUGGUACACCAUCAACAACAUCACAGCUACAGCCAAGUGCAGAACGGUUGUCUGUGGUUACAUCUGCACCACAAUCAGAAAUCUCCACUACUUCAUCUUCUUCAUCUAGUGCCAGUAAUACUAAAAAUCCUUCAACACCAGCUGUAACAACUACUAGUGCAGACUCUAAACAAAGUUCUUUAACAACAUCUAAACCAACUAUUACAACCACCAUACUACCAAAUACACCAUCUAGCAGUAACCCAGGCACUACAUCCGCAACUACCCAUGGAAGCGUUUCAUCAUCACAACCACAACCAAGUGUAGAACGGUUGUCUGUGGUUACACCUGCACCACAAUCAGAAGCCUCCACUACUUCAUCUUCUUCAUCUAGUACCAGUAAUGCUAAAAAUCCUUCAACACCAGCUGUAGCAACGACUAGUGAAGGCUCUAAACAAAGUUCUUUAUCAACAUCUAAACCAACUAUUACAACCACCAUACCAUCAAAUGCACCAUCUAGCAGUAAUCCAAGCACUACAUCCGCAACUACCCAUAGAAGCGUUUCUAGUACAUCAUCAACAGCACCACAACCACAGCCAAGUGUAGAACGGUUGUCUGUGGUUACACCUGUACCACAAUCAGAAACCUCCACUGCUUCAUCUUCUUCAUCUAGUGCCAGUAAUACUAAAAAUCCCUCAACACCAGCUGUAGCAACGACUAGUGAAGGCUCUAAACAAAGUUCUUUAACAACAUCUAAACCAACUAUUACAACCACCAUACUACCAAAUGCACCAUCUAGCAGUAACCCAGGCACUACAUCCGCAACUACCCAUGGAAGCGUUUCAUCAUCACAACCACAACCAAGUGUAGAACGGUUGUCUGUGGUUACACCUGCACCACAAUCAGAAACCUCCACUACUUCAUCUUCUUCAUCUAGUGCCAGUAAUACUAAAAAUCCCUCAACACCAGCUGUAGCAACGACUAGUGAAGGCUCUAAACAAAGUUCUUUAACAACAUCUAAACCAACUAUUACAACCACCAUACCACCAAAUACACCAUCUAGCAGUAACCCAGGCACUACAUCCGCAACUACCCAUGGAAGCGUUUCAUCAUCACAACCACAACCAAGUGUAGAACGGUUGUCUGUGGUUACACCUGUACCACAAUCAGAAACCUCCACUGCUUCAUCUUCUUCAUCUAGUGCCAGUAAUACUAAAAAUCCCUCAACACCAGCUGUAGCAACUACUAGUGCAGACUCUAAACAAAGUUCUUUAUCAACAUCUAAACCAACUAUUACAACCACCAUACCAUCAAAUGCACCAUCUAGCAGUAAUCCAGGCACUACAUCCGCAACUACCCAUAGAAGCGUUUCUAGUACAUCAUCAACAGCACCACAACCACAGCCAAGUGUAGAACGGUUGUCUGUGGUUACACCUGCACCACAAUCAGAAACCUCCACUGUUUCAUCUUCUUCAUCUAGUGCCAGUAAUACUAAAAAUCCUUCAACACCAGCUGUAGCAACGACUAGUGAAGGCUCUAAACAAAGUUCUUUAACAACAUCUAAACCAACUAUUACAACCACCAUACUACCAAAUGCACCAUCUAGCAGUAACCCAGGCACUACAUCCGCAACUACCCAUGGAAGCGUUUCAUCAUCACAACCACAACCAAGUGUAGAACGGUUGUCUGUGGUUACACCUGUACCACAAUCAGAAACCUCCACUGCUUCAUCUUCUUCAUCUAGUGCCAGUAAUACUAAAAAUCCCUCAACACCAGCUGUAGCAACUACUAGUGCAGACUCUAAACAAAGUUCUUUAUCAACAUCUAAACCAACUAUUACAACCACCAUACCAUCAAAUGCACCAUCUAGCAGUAAUCCAGGCACUACAUCCGCAACUACCCAUAGAAGCGUUUCUAGUACAUCAUCAACAGCACCACAACCACAGCCAAGUGUAGAACGGUUGUCUGUGGUUACACCUGCACCACAAUCAGAAACCUCCACUGUUUCAUCUUCUUCAUCUAGUGCCAGUAAUACUAAAAAUCCUUCAACACCAGCUGUAGCAACGACUAGUGAAGGCUCUAAACAAAGUUCUUUAACAACAUCUAAACCAACUAUUACAACCACCAUACUACCAAAUGCACCAUCUAGCAGUAACCCAGGCACUACAUCCGCAACUACCCAUGGAAGCGUUUCAUCAUCACAACCACAACCAAAUGUAGAACGGUUGUCUGUGGUUACACCUGCACCACAAUCAGAAACCUCCACUGCUUCAUCUUCUUCAUCUAGUGCCAGUAAUACUAAAAAUCCUUCAACACCAGCUGUAGCAACUACUAGUGCAGACUCUAAACAAAGUUCUUUAUCAACAUCUAAACCAACUAUUACAACCACCAUACCACCAAAUGCACCAUCUAGCAGUAAUCCAGGCACUACAUCCGCAACUACCCAUGGAAGCGUUUCUAGUACAUCGUCAACAGCACCACAACCACAGCCAAGUGUAGAACAGUUGUCUGUGGUUACACCUGCAUCACAAUCAGAAACCUUCACUACUGCAUCUUCUUCAUCUAGUGCCAGUAAUGCUGAAAAUCCUUCAACACCAGGUGUAACAACUUCUAGUGCAGGUUCUAAACAAAAUUCUUUAACAACAUCUGAAGCAACUAUUACAACCACCAUACCACCAAAUGCACCAUCUAGCAAUAACCCAAGCACUACAUCCGCAACUACCCCAGAAAGCGUUUCUAGUGUAUCAUCAACAACACCACAACCACAGCCAAAUAUAGAACGGUUGUCUAUGGUUUCAUCUGCACCACAAUCAGAAACCUCCACUACUUCAUCUUCUUCAUCUAGUGCCAGUAAUACUAAAAAUCCUUCAACACCAGCUGUAGCAACGACUAGUGAAGGCUCUAAACAAAAUUCUUUAACAACAUCUAAACCAACUAUUACAACCACCAUACCACCAAACACAUCUUCUAGCAGUAGCCCAGGCACUUCAUCCGCAACUACCGAAGGAGGCGUUUCUGGUACAUCACCAACAACACGACGACCGCAACCAAGUGUGGAAAGGUUGUCUGUGGUUACGCCCACACCACAAUCAGUAGCUGCAACUACUUCAGCUAUCUCUGUUAGUACUACAGAUGCCGCGCAGGUGUCAACUAAAACUACUACUUCCUUAAUGACUAUAACUCCUUCUUCUGAAAGAUCCUUUAAAGUUGUCCCAGAAUCCGCAUCGGAAGUGAUGAUUACAGCAACACAAAACACAACUCCUCAACAAGACAAUGUCACUACUCCUACACCAAUAACAAUUGAUACACACACUUCACCAUCAGAAUCAACAAAAAUUGAACAUUUGCAGUCCUCUACGACUGUUUCAGGAGUUGAAGUAAUACGAGAAUCUCGUAGUACAAACUCUAUUAGAAACGACCCCACCUCAUCUGUCACACUACAGCCAGAGGAAGAUGAAGUAGGCAUACUUGAUCAAGAAAUUGUGUUAGGUGAAGAUAAUACCAUGAUCAACACUCCUACCACCGUUAAGAGCAGCGUCUCAACACUGAACACAACAGUAACACCCACAAUUACUACAGAAAUGCCAAAUGCCAAACCUACUACAACUGAAACACAAGCUACACAAACAACACAUACAGGGACAGAAAAACCAGUGAUUAUAUUUAAUUCAAAUAAUAUUUCAGAACAAAACGAUAGUAGCAGUAAUCUUCCUCUAUUAAUAAUAGAAUGUCAUAACAAAAACUUUAAUAUUAAACUAAUUGACUGCAGUUUAUCCAACAAUUGCACAAACACCCAAUCAGACAAAGUCUUUGAAGCAUUUUGGCGACCGGGUGACCCAAGCAAUACGAUGAGUUUUUCAACUAUCAAUUAAAUAAAUUGAAAAAUUUGUUUAAUAUUGCCAAAUUUUUUGUAAAUAGUUUGUUUAUAGUUUCCAAAUU